GGGCAGCUGCUCGGCCCGUCCAGCGCCCCCCCGCCCACGGCCGGCCCCCUCCGGCCCCGCCGGACACACUGAACAGCUGCGGCCGCCCCGGCCCGACCGCCACCUGCCCGGGAGGACGCGGCCGCCGGACCUGCCCCAGCGCCCGCCGCUCCGCGCCCGCCAUGCCGCAGACCGAGGCCCUGAAGGUCCGCCUGACCCUCCUCUGCGUGCUGGCGGGCAUCGUGCUGGCGCUGGUGGCCGUGGUGACCGACCACUGGGCCGUGCUGAGCCCCCACGUGGAGCACCGCAACGCCAGCUGCCAGGCGGCGCACUUCGGCCUCUGGCGGAUUUGCACCAAGCGGAUCGUGCCGGGCGACGGCAGGGACAGGAGCUGCGGACCCAUCACCCUGCCUGGGGCACCAGAAGCUGCAAGAGAGAAAAGCACAGCAUCAAUCCCGAAUCACCAGUGGCAGUCACACACCCCAGAGAAAAACUGUUCCUACUUCAGGCAUUUUAACCCAGGCGAGAGCUCGGAGAUCUUCGAAGUUACCACUCAGAAAGAGUACAGCAUCUCGGCCGCAGCCAUUGCCAUCUUCAGCCUGGGCUUCGUCAUCGUGGGGACCGCCUGCGCGCUCCUGUCCUUCCGGAAGAAGCGGGAUUACCUGCUGAGGCCGGCAGCCAUGUUCUUCGCCUUCGCGGGUCUCUGCAUCUUCGUCUCGGUAGAGGUCACACGGCAGUCGGUGAAGCGCAUGGUCGACAGCGAGGACACCGCCUGGAUCAAGUACUAUUACUCCUGGUCCUUCGCCUGCGCCUGCGCGGCCUUCGUCCUCCUCUUCCUAGGCGGCCUCGCCCUCCUGCUCUUCUCCCUGCCGCGGAUGCCCCAGAACCCCUGGGAGUCCUGCAUGGACGCCGAGCCCGAGCACUAGCCCUCCUGGGCCCCGACCCUCCUCGGGGCUGUCCCCAGCCCAGAACAUUCUAGAAGGAGGCGGGAGCGCUACUUCUCCCCGUUCCCCCCCGCCCCUCCCCCCCCCCCCCCCGCCGCCGGCAGCACAGCUGCUCGCCCUGUCUGAGCACUUCUCUGGGCGGUGAACCCAGCAAGUGGCCGUGGUCCAGACCUGCCCCACGCAGGAGGAAGGCAGGUGCACAGGCGCUUGGAGAGGCCCGACCUCCCGCUGGAGUUCCCCGUGGUCCUUGAUAAGCCCACCGACUGUCCUCUGUGGCUCGUCUACCUGUUCUGGGUGUUCAGCUGUGUGAAUGGCCAGACCCCCUCUCCUUCCUGGUGACCCGCACAGCCCCUCCUUGGCUUCUGGGAGCCCCAACAAGCAGUUUUUAACUGGUUAGACUCUGACUGUGGUUUGAAAUAAAACCUCUUCAAAAA